CACAGACUUUCCACGUAGGCCAUGUACAAGACAUCCUCGCCUUCUUUGGCCUCAACUCGUUGCCCAUACACCUUUGACGUUGCACUAUCCGUCAGCAGCCAUCGUAUUCCUCUGCCGCCGCUGGGUCCAACUUCAACAUGCCUGUCACCUACACCCCCUACCCCAAGGACCUCAACCUCAACAAGCAGGACAUUCCCAUUCCUGGUAGCGAGACGGCAACCACGAGUGCCUCCUAUGUGACCACCACCUUUGACCCCAGUCUCAUCCAGGUGGACCUGAACGGAAACCCGCGACCCAGGACGCUGUAUGAGCUCUUUGAGAACACCGCAAACGAGUUCCCGAAUAUCCCAAUCUUCCGUUCCCGAGUGCUUCUGAAGCCGACCAAGGCUGGAGAGGCCCCUGCUGUUGGGAACGAGACUGUGGACACCACGUACGCCGAGGUUCAGCAUCGCCGCAAUGCCCUCGGCUCGGCCUUGCUCGCUCUCGAGCGUCUCGGCCGUCUUCGUAACCCCAACACUCCGGCCGGCUAACAGUCUCCACCGGAGAUCGUUUAUGAAGGCAUCCCAGCGUGGGGAGACCGUCUUAAAGGCGGGGCUCGUCGAGGCUGGGCCGUUGGUGUCUGGAGCCGCAAUCGCGAAGAGUGGCAGGUUGUCGAUCUCGCAUGCCAGGCCUAUGGACUCGUCGGCGUGAGCCUCUACGAAACCCUUGGCCCCAACACAACAGAGUUCAUUACCAACCACUGCCCUGUGCCUAUCAUCUUCGCGUCGUCAAACCACCUGGUCGACAUUUUGAAGAUUGCGCCGCGCUGCCCUUCUCUUCGUGCCGUUGUGUCAAUGGACCGCCUUUCGUCUGGAGAGCGCGAUGUUCUCUCCCAGUGGUCAACCUCUCUGGGCAUCUUGCUUUUGGACAUGGCCGACCUUGAGGAGUGGGGUCUCGAGCCCGGAAACUACGUUGCCCCCGGCCCUCUUGAGGGCGAGAGGGAGCUCGAUUGCAACCGCAUUGCGACAAUCAGCUAUACCAGUGGCACUACCGGCAACCCCAAGGGCGUGAUCCUUACCAACUGGAACAUGACUUCUGCCACUCUCUCACAGUCAUUGGGUGGCGUGGAGUUCUUCACCAAGCCGGGCUGGAGGUUCAUGUCGUACCUGCCUUUGAGCCACAUCUUUUAGCGCUUCCUGCAGAUCCUUGUCAUCGCAGGCGCUGGCACCAUCUGUUUCAGCUGCGGCGAUACUACCAAGCUUCUCGAGGACGCCCAGGUCUUCAAGCCACACUUCUUCCCUGGCGUGCCGAGAGUUUGGAACCGGUGAGUGGAAGAACCUUUGAACCUUUCAACUGAGCGACAGUGUGCACGCGGCCAUUCAAACCCAGAUGGACACUCCUGGUCUUAAGGGUGCCCUUCUCCGCCAGGCCGUUGCUGCCAAGAGGGCCAAUUGGAGGGAGCAUGGCCAAGUGACCCACAGGGUAUACGACGCGCUCGUUUUCAGCAAGGUGCGCGCCUUGUUGGGUGGUCAGGUUAGGUACAUGUCGUCUGGCUCGGCCCCCCUUUCCGGUGCCGUUCACGAGCUCCUCAAGCUUUGCUUCAGCUGCGAUGUUGUUCAGGGUUACGGGUUGACAGAGACUGUUGGCACCUGCAGCAAGGGCAUUGCCUGGGAUGUCGGAGCUACCGGAACCUGCGGACACCUCACUAACUGCAACGAGGUCAUGCUCGCGGAUGUUGCCGAGAUGGGCUACACUCACAAGGACUCGCCGAACCCCCGUGGCGAAGUUUGCAUUCGUGGCGACAACAUCUUCAUUGGCUACCUUCACGACCCGGAGAACACCAGCAAGGCUUUGGACAAGGACGGCUGGUUCCACACUGGAGACAUUGGCGAGUUUGACUCUGCCGGGCGCCUCAAGAUUAUCGACCGCGUCAAGAAUGUCGUCAAGCUCAGCCAGGGCGAAUAUGUCGCUUUGGAGAAGCUGGAGGGCAUCUAUGCUCUCAACCCGCUCUUUGCGGCCCUCAUCGUCCACGCAGACUCGCUCCGUUCGUCUCUCGUGGCUAUUGCUGUGUUGGAUCCGGCCCUCGCCUCGAAGCUGGUCUUUGACGUCCUUGGCGAGAAGAUUGCCCCCGAGGACACCGAGGCCCUCGACAAGGCCGUCCAGAACGAGAAGAUUCGGGACAAGAUUGUGGCCGGCUUCGCCCAGGUUGCCAAGAAGAACAAGCUUAACGGGUUUGAACACAUCCGUGGUGUCUUCCCCACAGUUCUACCCUUUGCGGACGAUCUCAUGACGCCUACCCAGAAGGUCAAGCGCAAUGUUGCAGCCAAAUUCUUCGAGAAGGAAAUCGAGGAGAUCUACAACAAGACGGAAGGCAAGAUUUCCAAGCUGUGAAAGGAUGUUGUAUGCCGUCUCGUUUUGUGAACUGCCCAGAAUUGAAUGUAUUGGUGCC